GCCUCAUUCACAUCGUACAAAGUACUGUAUCCUCUCAAACGUCAUAGCGCAUCGAGCAGCAGUACUGAACAUCAAAUAGGAUGAUAAGAUGAUAUCAUCUAAUGCAUUCCACCCCUCCUUCUUGUUCCUUUGCGAACAGCCAUGGGCGAAGACUUGCACAACGAUGAGCAGUUCCGCCGAGUUCUGAACAGUCAGCACUAUAUUUCAAGUUAAUUUCUUGCAAGGCGCAUAGGAUAACUUGCUCUUCAAUAUGACUCCAAUAACUACGGCUUUGCACACGACCUCAUCCCUUCACCUGGUGACCGCUGUGCAUAGCAUUUUGGCCCUUCCAGCGCCCUCCACACCCUCAAAACACCUGAUCGCAUUUCACCACAUCUUCGAUACCUCGUCACCUUCCAAACCUGAUGUGCGUGCAUUGCAUGAGCGCUAUUUUUUUUGCCAGCGCUUCAUUCACGUGUCUGCUUUGUCUACUACUUCCAUGCGCAGCACCCAUAUCUCGAUUCGGUCGUAUCUCAUGGAAUGUGGCCAUAUGCCAGCAGAUAUAUCUCCCUUGCUCUGGGCAUGAAGUUCGCUCGAGGUUGGGUAGCAUGUGUAUAAUACUCCUAUAGCCAAUUCUAUGCU